UUCCGGGUCGUGUAGCCGAUAAACGGGACGUGCAAAAAUGAAGCAGGAAGACCAUCUGACAUGCUGAAAUAAACGUUCAACUACGGCCUAUUUUGCCAUUAUUGAAAUUUAUAUUGUAUAAUUUUUGAAAGAGGAAAGAUGUAUCAACCACCCUUUCCGCCAAAUUUCCCAUAUGGGAUGCCCAACUAUCCGCCAAAUCAACCUGGAAUCCCAGGGCAGUUCCCACCCGGUGGUCCCCCCGGGGGUCCGCCCGGAGGUCCUCCACCUGGUGGCCCUCCCGGCGGCGGCCCACCAGGUGGUCCCCCUGGUGGCCCUCCAAGUGGCCCUCCAGGUGGCCCACCUGGUGGUCCCCCCUUCACCCCUCCUCCAAGCCAACAGCCCCCACCCCCUGGGGGGCCUCCGCAACCACCAGGUACCCCUCCCGUUGCUCCCACAGAGCUGGUAGCCAUGCCCAGGAGGCCUGGCUUUGGUAUAGACGGUCGUCCUAUCGCCCUUCGUGCAAACCACUUCCAGGUGAAGAUCCCGCCCCUGGAUCUGUUCCAUUAUGAAGUUAACAUCACUCCAGAGAAGUGUCCCAGGAGAAUCAACAGGGAUGUGAUAGACACACUAGUGACUGCCUACAAGGGGAGAUAUUUUCAGAACAAUCUGCCCGUGUUUGACGGGAGGAAAAACAUGUACUGUAAAGAUGAGAUUCCACUAGAUCGGGAAAAGCAAGUGGAACUCGAAGUGACCUUACCCGGUGAAGGGAAAGACAGGAUAUUUAAAGCUUCCAUCAAGUUUGAAGGCAAGGUCAGUCUGUCCCUGCUAGAGGCUGCCUUGAAGGGGGAAGUGAUGAACAUCCCACAUGAGGCUGUGCAAGCCCUGGACGUUAUCAUGAGACAUCUACCUUCACUGAGGUACACCCCGGUUGGUCGAUCCUUCUUCUCCCCUCCCGAGGAGUACUCACAUCCCUUGGGUGGUGGUCGAGAGGUAUGGUUUGGUUUCCAUCAGAGCAUCCGCCCAUCCAUGUGGAAAAUGAUGCUCAAUAUAGACGUGUCUGCAACGGCCUUCUACAGCUGUCAAUCGGUGAUAGACUUCCUAUGUGAGGUCCUGGACAUCCAGGAUCUAUCGGAUCAACGGCGCCCUCUAUCAGACUCACAUAGAGUGAAGUUCACCAAAGAGAUCAAAGGACUGAAGAUUGAGAUCACUCACUGUGGAAACAUGAAGAGAAAAUACAGAGUGUGCAAUGUGACCAAGAGAUCUGCACAAACACAAACGUUCCCAUGGCAACUUGAGAAUGGUCAAACAGUGGAAUGCACAGUGGCCAAAUACUUCAGAGAAAGACAUAAUCUCAUCUUGCAAUACCCUCAUCUCCCCUGUCUGCAGGUUGGACAGGAGCAGCGCCACACCUACCUACCUCUGGAGGUUUGCAAUAUCGUAGCUGGGCAGCGCUGCAUUAAGAAACUCACUGACCUGCAGACGUCUACCAUGAUAAAGGCCACAGCCAGAUCAGCCCCAGACAGAGAGAAAGAAAUCAAAAGUCUGGUACAUAAAGCUGACUUCAACAAUGACCAGUAUGUAAGGCAGUUUGGCUUGAGUAUUAGUAAUGAGAUGGUCACCAUUGAAGGAAGAGUUCUACCUGCUCCGAAGAUCCAAUAUGGAGGAAAGCUAAACAAGCCCCAGCAAGCCAUCCCUAACCAGGGUGUGUGGGAUAUGAGAGGCAAACAGUUCCACUUUGGUGUUGAGAUUGAAGUGUGGGCCAUUGCCUGCUUUGCACCCCAGCAUCAAUGCAGGGAAGAAGCUCUCAGGAAUUUCACACUCCAGCUUCAGAAGAUCUCCAAUGACGCCGGCAUGCCUAUCAAGUGGCAACCGUGCUUCUGCAAGUACGCCGUGGGCGCCGAUCAGGUGGAACCCAUGUUCAGGCACCUCAAGAAGAUGUGGCCCAAACUCCAGCUCAUCAUCGUCGUUCUGCCGGGCAAGACACCCGUCUAUGCUGAAGUGAAGCGAGUUGGUGACACUCUGCUGGGUAUAGCCACACAGUGUGUACAGGUCAAGAAUGUGAACAGAACCACGGCACAAACCCUCUCCAAUCUCUGCCUCAAGAUCAACGUCAAGCUGGGAGGAGUCAACAACAUCCUGGCCCCUAACAUCAGGCCGCGCAUCUUUGGAGCACCAGUCGUAUUUAUGGGAGCCGACAUUACGCACCCGCCGGCAGGAGACAAUUCAAAACCGUCUAUCGCCGCUGUUGUGGGAAGUAUGGACGGCCAUCCUAGCCGUUACUGCGCAAGUGUCCGCAUUCAGACUCACCGUGUCGAGAUCAUCCAGGACCUGCAGGCCAUGGUCAAGGAGCUGCUCGUUGAGUUCUACAAGUCGACCAGGUACAAGCCAGCCAGGAUCAUCAUGUACAGGGAUGGGGUCAGCGAAGGUCAAUUCUUACAGGUUCUAGCCAAUGAGAUGAACGCUAUCAGAGAUGCCUGCAGGUCACUGGAGGAAGGUUACGAGCCUGGUAUCACGUUCAUUGUGGUGCAGAAGAGACAUCAUACCAGGCUCUUCUGUGCUGAGAGAAGAGAACAGAUUGGAAGGAGUGGUAACAUCCCAGCAGGUACUACAGUAGACAGCGGCAUCACCCAUCCUCUAGAAUAUGACUUCUACCUGUGCAGUCACGCUGGUAUUCAGGGCACCAGUCGUCCCUCUCACUACCACGUCCUCUGGGACGACAACGGUUUCAAGGCUGACGAACUCCAGUGUCUAACCUACCAGCUGUGCCACACCUACGUACGCUGCACCCGUAGCGUGUCCAUCCCCGCCCCCGCCUACUACGCCCACCUGGUGGCCUUCCGUGCCAGAUACCAUCUGGUAGAGAAGGACCACGAUAGAUAUGACCAUGACAGUGUCAUAUCCAGUGCAAACAGCAAUGGGGGAGACGGAAGCCACCACGGACGUGACGGCUACGGACGCACCCCCAAGGAGAUGUCUGCUGCCAUCAAGGUUCAUGACGAUACACUCAAGGUCAUGUACUUCGCUUAGGUGUCAAAGGUCAGAGGUCAGAUGUCAGAGAGAGAAUCCAUGGUCAAGUUAAGAAAUCAGAGAAUAAUAACCUAAGGAAAAGAGCAACAUCUAGAAAGUUGGCCCGGAAAUAUCUGCACCGAAGAAUUAGUGUGACAUCAAGGUUGCCAGCAGUCAUUCAUUGCAACAAAUCUAAUGGGAAAUCACAGAAAAGAUCAUGUAACGAAAAACGUACUGGCUCAGUUUUCUAUCCGCUGUCUCCUUGAGCUUACAUCUUAACCAUUGGUAGCUUUGAAAUUAAUUUCAAGGAAACCAAACUUUCGGAAAGACAUUUUUAGAGGAUAUGGCCAUGUAGUAAAAUGAUUUCAGGCAUUGAAAGUUCUUGUUGCUAGAUCAUUGAAUUAUCUUUUUUAUAUAUUAGUCGGGGGAAAAAACAUCAUCUCAACAAACAGUUUCCAUUGGUUUGCAUUUUAACUUCCAAUCAUUGUGGGAUUGUGUUUAUUUUGAGAAUGAGUUGAAAUCAUUGAGCUUAUCAAGAUACUAAUUUCAUUGUCACAUAACAACUUUGUUAAAAUGCGUGUUGAUAAUGGUUAUAGUAAUGAUUAUGUAUUUAAUGUAGAUACUAUUUCUCUCCUCGAUCUAUUUUUCAUCACUCUCUCUUACCUUUAAUAGAGUAGUUGUCCACAUAAAUGUGUGAACAUCAUACAAUUAAUGUCUUGUGGAAUAUCUAUGAAGUGCUGAAUUUGUGUUCAAUGCAGUAUAUCAACCACUGACCAAAAUGGACCAGAAAUUUGCCAGAUUGAUGAUUACUGUUACUCAAGAAAUAACUAUGAAUCGGAUUUGACAGUUUGGAAUCUAAGGCGUUGUAUAGUGUGUGAUGGUUAUAUUAAACCCAAAUCAUUGAAUGCUUUCAUUAUCCUAAUAAGCACAAACUAUUGUAAUAAGACAUUGAAUAACAAACUUUUGAUCUUCCAAUGAAAUUCUACGAGUAGAAGAAACAUCAAAUAUGAGUUUAGAAAAAAAAUGUUGAUUAGCUUUCAUCCAGUCAGUGGCCUUAGCAGCUGAACAUCUGGGACCUGUUUCACAAAGCCUUUUUUCAAUGACAAACUACAUAAAUCAGUGACAAAUCUGCUGAUGACCAAUCAGAAGCAAGGAUUUCACUAGCUUAUAACAAAAAACUGUCAUUUGUCACUGAUGACAAGUUUUGUGAAACGCCCCCCAGAUAUAAAGUUGAGAAUUUAAGAAGUUUAAUUUCUUUUUGAUUCUCAUCUGACUACCGGUAAGGCUCAAUACCCUUUUGUAUAUAUAAACAUGUUUGCCCCAAAGUGUCAUAAAUGGUAUUUUUAUUGUUUUUUCUUCAGCGUGGGACAUUAUUUGUGUAAUUUUAAUCGUGGAAAUGUGUUUUUUAUGUGAGAAUGGUACUAGUACAGAACCUCUGUCAGAUUAAGCAACAUAUAUCUCCCGGUUGUAAUCGUUGGUCAGAAUAGCGAAUUAAAAAUGGUAUCAUGGAUUGUAGUGUCAGGUUUUAAAAAAAAGAAAUGUUUGAGAUAUGAUACUUAUAUUCUGAUCAAUAUUCAUUAGAAAUGCAGAAAUGUAUUGAAUAAUUAAGAUCACAUAGAUUAUUGUUUCCUGGCAGUCCGAAGUUUUAUGUAUAGAAGCAGAUGGGAUGAAGGUAACACUUUCUGUUUGCUGUAUUGUCUUUUUGCAAUAUAGCAAAUCCUCAAUUUAUGUCAAUAAUGGAUGAAUUUCAUACCAUGAAAUUUAUUCAUGCUAUGAUGAUUUAUAUUUUGAUACAAUACAUGAAAUGGCACAAACAUUGAAUAACAUUAAAAUGGAACUUGCCGAGCACAAAUUACUGUAACUUUCUUUCAGUCGCAUGUUUUAGAGAAGAAAAAAAGAGAAAAGUGUUUCCAACAUGCAUGACUUUUUCCAAUUCAAGUACCUUUUUUUUCUUUACACAUUGUUCGCCUCAUUCUGUUAGCCUUCACAAGUAUAUUGAAUAUGGUUAUUUUCACAUUUUAUGUCAUGAGCUUGAAUUAUUCCAUUUAUACUCUUAAAGCAUGAAAACGUGAGAACAAAAACAAGCUAUGUGGACAGCUAUCUUGAAUCGGGUGUUUUCCAGGUAUUUUUCUUUUAAUAGAUAAUAUAAAUGUAAGACUUGUAUCUAAAUGUCUUCAAUUGUAUAAUGUUCAAUCUCCUCUUCAAAUUUAUACUUCUUUCCCACCCACUCAUCUCCCUUUACUAGUGUAAGAUGAUAAUGGAUGGACUAGUUUGGAAUGUAGUUUAUUUAGUGCAAAAUACAGUAAUGUGUGUGACCAUCUUGUUUGUUUUUUCUUCUUUUCCACAAUUUGUGUGUUUUGAGCAUUCAUUCUGGUUGUAAUCGGUAAAAUGAUACUGCCAUGUGCUAAAAUGUCGAAGUGAUGAUAUCCAAAACAAAGUGAUUCAUAUUAUCCAUCUAUAAAUUUCUCAGAUAUCCUAUAGCUUUGAAAAUAACUGCAGGAUUAAUAUUGGUUAGAGUUUGCGUUUUCCACUAGAUGAUUUAGCUUGGUAAUUAAUGAUGUAGGUGCUAGGUAUUGGUAAAGAUCUUGUUAGCUCAGACUCCAAAUUUUACUAUUUGCCUGUUUUCAUAAAUGCAGACCGAGUUAGACCUGGUUUAACAUAGUCCCCUGUUUAGAGUGCGAAGUGUUGUCCUCUUUAUUCUGGUAAAAUUUCUGUAAUUUUGUAACAAAAUGAUUAUACAACAUAAUCAAGGUAUGAAAUGAAAAUGAAUAUUUGAUUUCAUAAUCACAAGUUUUUUGCUUGUUCAUUUGGUUACAGAAUUAUGAAUUAAUUAAGAGGUUGACAAUUGGCUUUCCAAGUCGGUGGACUAAUUCCACCCACCUAGGCGGUUUGUCCAAGUUUAUGGAUAUUGAACGUUGACUUUGUACCAUGUGAUUCUUCAUGUACAUUUUGUACUGACACAGUUCACCAAAUCAAUGCAUUUACCAAAAUGUAUAUAACAUGCCGAUCCUAUUUGCACAUCUGCUGUAACGAGAAGCAUUAUCAGAUUUUGUAUCGCUUCUACCAAUCCACUUUUCCAUUCAUGUCACGACUACCAAUGCACUUGUACAUUUAUUUAGGCAAGAACCGUACUGCUUUAGAUCUAGCUGGCCGCUCUGUCCAUUUCACAAUUACAAAGAGCACAAAUUUUUAAUUUGCCAUUGAAGGGUGAAGUUAUGCAUCGUUUUGUUUUGAAAAAGCAAUAUUUUAUACCUUGAUUUUAAGCUAUUAUAUACUUAAGAACAUUUCAAGCGUAGAUAUUCAUGUUUUUUUUUUUUAGAACGCGCAUUCACUGCUGUAUAAAGUAGCAAGUAUGUUACCAUUUUAGGUUGCUCAAAUCACUAAGAGAUUCCUGGUUUGAUUGGAUAGCUUUGAUCUUAUUCUUCCUUAUUCUCUCUGUUUAGUAUAGUGUACAUGUUAAUUCAGAAUCUGUAAUUAUGAGCAGUACAUAACACAGAGUAUUUUAUACCAUCUUUGUGUGUUUGAAAUUGUGAGGUAUACUGAAAUAUAUGCAGUACAUCACACAAGCGACGUAACUAACAAGAGAAAUAAUAUUCUACUUCUGUUUUUCAGAGAUUAGUAAGUAUUGUAAGAUCACAGGUAGCUACAUGAAACUGCACAAAAAAAAAAGAAUUGUACAAUUGUAAUCUACGCUGUUUUUUGAUAUGUAAAUGGUAACUCACUUUCAUGCUGUUGUAAAUAGUCUUAUUUUCUAAUGGAAUAAACACGGGAUGUAAUCAUGUUGAAGUGGAA